AUGAAGAAAGUUGGACAUGAAUGGACAAUUGGUGAAUACAAUGAAUUCUUUUUGGUGAAUCUCUAUCAAGCACGGUAUGAAGACAUUCUGGCCACUUACAAAGGGGAAACUUUUACAAAGUCUGGAUUGAAGCUCAGUAUUGGUUCUUUUAAUGCCAUUCUUGCCACAUAUAUCAAAUUGGGUCAAGAAAAAGAAGCAGCAGCCUUGAUCAGAGAAGCUCAAGAACGAUGGGGUCUGAUACCAGAUAUUCGCGAUUUCAACCGAAGCAUGAAUCGAUGUAUGCCUAGGGAUACUGAAGUGGUUACCAAGGGACGAGAUUGGAUUGCACAAUAUGGAUUUGAUAAAGUCGAAGUGAUAAACACUAAUCUUCAACAUUUAUUUCGGGAUGAACUUGUGGACGAGGCGGUUUGGAUAUAUGAUACGCUGAAUAAACGCAAUAUACCUUUAGAACUUUCGACAUGUACUUUAUUGAUCAAAAAUCUGACAGAUGCAAAACGAUUACGACUUGUUUCAACCAUUUAUGACGAUAUGACACAACGAGGACUCAAACCCAACCCUUCCAUCUGCGGCUCCAUGUUAUCAAUGUAUGCUCACCGACGACAUGAACAAAAGGCGGAAAACGUGGUGCGCGACAUGGUGAUGGCGGGCCAUCCUAUGAACGAACAUAUUUACAAUCAACUGAUCAAGGUAUACUUCAAGUCAAGGAAUUUAAAAAAGGCAUUACAAGCAUUCGAAGAAAUACAUCGACACCCAAAACUCCAAUUGAACGAAGUGAUUCUUAAUACCAUGGUGGAUGGAUUGGUGAUCAAUAGAGAAAUACAAGCGGCAAGUGUUCUAUAUCGACAAAUGUUAUCUACCAACUCCAAAAUCAAACCGGAUAUGGUGACAUUUAAUACGCUCUUCAAAGGAUUUGUCAAGGCAAAGGAAUUUACACUAGCCAGUGGGGUGAUUCAAGACAUGUACAGAUACAAAUGCGAACCGGAUACUGUAACUUAUACCACGUUGAUCAACUCUAUUUUUGAAUACAAACAACCACGAAAUACAAAGGAAUUGAUGGGCCACGUACUAGGAAUGGGAAUGACACCAAAUAUUUAUACAUUCAACGCAAUGAUCAAUGGUUGGGUACGACAUCAGAACAUGACAGAAGCGGAGGCGACAUUGCAAUUACUACAAUCAUCGACUUACAAACUAUCACCUACAAUCCAUACAAUGACCAAUUUGAUUCAGGGUUAUGUGGAAACGUUGAACUUACCCAAGGCGAUGGAAACUUUUCAAUACGCAGUAUCACGAGGAAUCAAACCUGAUCGUGCAGCUUACAACUUUUUGAUUACUGGAUUUAUAGAUCAUGAUCGAUUUGAUGAUGCAGUGACUUGUUUACGAUAUAUGCGACAAAACAACUUGAAUCCCAACAAGGAUACAUGGACAAUGUUAAUGGCUCAAUGUGUACGAAAGAAACUUUGGAAAACAGGCUCCAUCUUGGUCAAGGAAAUGGAAAAUAGUGGUUUUGAAUUGUGGAAUCCUUCUUUACGUUUACCGAAUGAACUUGUACUAUACAUUCUUCGUCAGUUCCUGGACCUUGCUGAUGUAUGGCGAUUAUUACAGGUGUCCACUCAAUUACGCCAACUUGCCAUUGAUACCAUUCAGAAACGCUGGAAAAUCGAACUUGUCUUUACUCCUGAAACUACAAUGAAGAUUCAGUGUCGUGCAGCCUUGAUUGCUUUAGAACGUCUCUCAACUCAACUGUGUUUACAAACAAGAUAUGCCACUACUCCACCCAAUGGGACAUGUGAUAACAAAUUAUUCAACGAACUGAUGCUCAAGGAAGAACGCUUACACCAACGAAUUAUACAUGGCAUCAGUUCUUACAAACACAAAUACGUUUUGAUUGAAGAUAUUGAUAUUAGGAACCGGAUUCGUGCUACUGUUGAUGUGAUAUUCCACCAUACUGUUUUUGUCGCUGCACUCUCUCGACAACCUGUACGUUGCUCACAAUCAUCUGAUUCUUUCAACAACAAUCGAAGUUUAGCGGCUAUGAUGGUACGAUUGCUAACCCGACUUGAUGCUGCUUUUCCCUCUUAUUGCCGUGAAAUCACUUAUACCUUGGCGGAUCAUAUCAAGGCCUUUUUGGAAUAUACUGGAUACAAACUACUGGCUCAGCUACAACAACAACAACAACAACAUCAACAACUCUCUAGAUCACGUAUCUCUGCUUGUUUUGAUUUGAUGGGCGCUGCUUUUAUUGGGAAAAUCUUGGGUGAAACGCAUGUGGAAUGUGCUGUCCAACGAACAUGUGAAUUAUUGACUGACGAACGACAUCUACUGGGAUUAGUGAAAAAGGUGUUAUUGGUGGAUUUACUGGAUAGAUGGUUGACGAUCAAACGAGGAUUAGUGGCAGGUGAAUUGUGUCGACUAAUACGAUCUGAAAUCGAAACAUGUGAUCGGCAACAACAAUCCCUUUUGCAGCAACAAGAUAUGGGUGGAUUUUCAUCAUUAUUAAUGGAACAACAACAACAUCAUCAUCAUCAUCAUGGAUUUUCUCAAUACCGACAACGUGCUCAUCAACAAUCAUCCCAACAUAUCACUGAUCAACAUCAAGAUACCUCUAAUAUGAUCUUUUUACCACGACCUUCUUCAAUACAAACUCGUUACCAAUUAUCUUGA